AUGGAGGAGCCAAUUACUGAUCCUGAGUUUGAACCAACAUCAGCUGAAAAAGUUGCAGGAAAUGAGGAUCUAGCAACAGAAAUUUUCAUUCAUUUAUCUGCAACUUCUAUUGCUCCAUGUCUACGAGUAUCGAAGUGGUGGCUAUCAUUCAUCUCAAAUCACACGUUUAUUUCAAGGCAUAACCUUCUUUAUCCCCCCUCCUUGUCUGGCCUGUUCUUGAUCCCUGGACAAACUGCUCAACAUCCUGAGGUUCAUUUUCUUUCUCUCAACCAUAGUAAAUUUCAUAGUCUUCCAUUUGUUGCUUUUUUUAAUUCCAAAGGUUUCCAAAUCCUACAUUCUUGCAAUGGACUAUUGCUCUGUCGAUUAGGGCUGUCACAUUAUGUGUGCAACCCCUCAACUUGUCAAUUAAGAGUCCUUCCCAGCUGUUCAUACAUGGAUAAAGAUUACACACUUCACUUGGCUUUUGAUCCUCUCACUUCACCAAAUUACAAGAUUGUUUGUGUGAAAAAGGUAGGUAGUCAGCCAUCUCAUUACCUAAUUGCAAUCUUUUCCUCCAAAACUCGUCUAUGGAGUCUCUCUCAAGAGCCUGUUUAUGCACCUAACGAGUUAGAAUUUAAGGAUGGUGUCUUUUGCAAUGGCGCACUUCAUUGGCUAACAAGCAAAUCUAGUGGAGCAUAUCUUGACUUAAAGACAGAGAUAAUUAGAGAAAUGCCAUUGCCUCCCAGGCGAGAAGAGGAGUCAGAAUACAAAUUCAAGUAUUUUGGAAAGUCCCAAGGAUACUUGCUUUAUGUUAUCUCACGCCCUCUUUUUAACCAUUAUGAGUUAUACCAGAUGAAGGAAGAUUAUUCUGGAUGGGAUUUGAAGUUUCGGGUUAGUCUCAAUGUGUUAAUUGCUAAAUUUCCAGUUAUGGCUAGGAACUUUGGGCGUCAUCCUUAUUUGUUCUCAGAGUUGGAAUGUGACGUGUUGUGCAUUUAUCAUGCUAGGGCCGAUGGAGACAUGGAAAUUGUGUUGUCAGUGCCAGUUGCUAUCUUCAUUGAGAAUAAGGAGAAUAAAGUCAUACUUCGUGUGUAUCUUUUUUGUAGGAAUAAUGGUUGUCUUAUGUUUUUCUGCUUGUUAAAUAUUCCAUAG